AUGGAGGUCGCAGGUCUUGUCAUUGUUACGUUUGGAGUCCUUCCACUAGCGAAGGAAUGCCUUCAACUUGUGAAUAAACAUAUUGGCCCCUCGAAGCAUAACACCACAGAACUGGAGUGUCUCUCCGGCUGGCUCGACGACAUCAUCCAGACCAUUGCGAUCCUCAAAAUGAGGUACGAAGGAACCGGCACAUGGUUUCUCGAGUCCUUCACCCUUCAUGAGAAUGUUCAAGAGCUGCUCGACCAUAAGUCUAUCGCCGCAAGUCUUGCCGGUAUUGGCCCUUGCGACGAAGCAAGUCUCUUACAUUUGGUGGCAGCCCUAGGGAUCCACAUCGCGGUGACACCAUUAGUUUCCGAAAACAAAGAUGCAGAGACGCAACGCUGUAUUACGCGAUCAUACAUGGCUUCGAAAGUACGGUUUGACUCUUACUUGAGAAUGGAGCAUCACCAGAAGGACAGCCGGGCAAAUGGGAUCAGGACGACUACAGGCUCCCCUCGUCCACAUCAUUUGUAA